CUUCGAGUUGUUUUGACAUGUCAAAAUACUCAAAUCAAUGACGUGUAUAUUUUAAGGUUAACUUGUUUUGAUCAUAAAAGUUCCCAUUUUUUUUAAUACAUUUUGAAUGUAUCCAAGUUUAAAGGGCAAUUUUAGCUAGAGAAAAAUGUAAAAACGAAUUUCGAGUGUCUAAUGAUUGAUACCGGGUAUGAAUUGGUUAAGAAAGUGCCUCGGGAGGGCCAAAAUAUCGACAUCAAAACGCCAGCGAUCUGGUGAUAAUGAACACAAAAGUGUCGAUUUCAAAUGCGAUAGCCAAUCUGUUGAAUAUCACUACAUAGACGACCCAGUCAACGAAUAUAUGGUCAAAAUGCUUAAUUUAAUUAAAGAAUUUUUGAUAUUUUGUCUUGUUUUUAUUGCUUACGCAGCUAUAACCAACGACCCACCAAAAGUAUCCAAAGCACCAGCAGCCUACCCGUUUUUCGCUAAAGACUUGCCGGUCAAAGAUUUUUACAGGGGUCAAAUAAUAACGGCAAUAGAACACUCGAGAAUGUCCGACUUAUCUUUUAUAAUGUUCUAUGCCCCUUGGGAUGCUGAAAGUCAGGCAGCUAGAAAGGAAUUCUUGAUUGCUGCCGAAUAUUUGAAGCAUUUUGUUAAAUUUGCUGCUGUUAAUUGUUGGCAGCCUGGCAGUGAGUGCAGGAAUCAAUAUAGCAAAGUUUAUAGGUGGCCAGUCCUUAUUGUUUACCCAUCUUUUGGUAGCGGUAUUCAAUAUAAUGGGCCUUUAAUUGCCACACAUAUGAUGAGUUUUUUGCAAAAAAUAAUGCAGCCAAUCAGGAGAAUUGCAAAUCAAACUGAUUUCAAUUUUGAAGAGGCCUUUAUUGUAGCCGAAAUUAAUCCACUGCCCGGAAACGUUGAAUAUCCGAUAUUUUACACUACAGCUCUAAAAUAUUUGGAGGCUGAUUAUAAUGGUAGAGUAACUUUUUACGUGAAGCCUGUAAAAGUUACACAAAAUACGUUAUCUUUGUACUUGUGGAAUCAAGUUAGGAUUUUAGAAUUAGAAGAAGGCGGUUGGAAAGUAGAUACCAUUCUACAAUGGAUAAUUAAAACUAGUGAAUCGCCUAGUUCUUGGGUGAUGCCCACUGGAUCUAAAAGUUUAGUAUUGGCCGAAGCAUUACAACCCGGCCCCACUUUAAUUUUGUUCACACCAAAAAAUCCUUUAAGAGCACAUACUGAUUAUUACAUGAUGCUCCAAGAGAUUGCUCAGGAAUAUAAAAAUUGUGAUAAUUGGGGCUUGAGCUUCGACAUGAAAACUAAAAGGUUGAAUAAUAAGCUCGAGUACGAGAAGCUUAAGAAGAUGUGUCAGGUUAAAACAAGUAAGCCAAGAGCUGCUAUUUCUAUUACGGCAAGUUCUCAAUUUUUAAAUUCUACUUCAAAUAUAAAAGGAAAAGUUGAAUUAGAUUGUGAAGGUUUGGGGGUUAAAAUGUGCCACAGUGUAAGAUUGGGGCAGUGUUUGGAUACUUUGCCUUUAGAUGAAGAAAAUGAUGGGUUUAUUGAAACUUCAAUUUGGAAAUCAGAUUCUGAUCCAAAAUCAAUGGAAAAUCUUAAAAAGGCCACAAAAAAGACGAAAUGUAAAAACUUCCUAAAGGCUCAACAAAUUCAUUCGGCAAUCUUCGAACCAAAAAUCCAUACCGAAAAAAUUGACGUAUCAAAUUUGGCUUGUGAAAAUUCAAAUGGAAGCUUAAACUUUAUCGCCAUGGAUAGUUUAAUGUAUUAUAUGUUUGCUGAAAGACUUGGGCUGGAUCUUUUUGCAAAGAAUGACACAAGUGCAGUGGUGAUUCUCAACGAAAAAUCGGAAACUCAUUAUGUUAUGCAAGAGCCGAUUACUAGUUAUAACGUUAGAAUGUUUAUCAGAGAUUAUACGAAUAAUACUCUUAGAAGAUCAUCUGAUUCAAUUGUAAAUGUUCCAACUGUAAACACUCCAAGUUACCCUAUUAAACUGAGAACUAGUAAUGCUCCAAUAAUAUUUCUCGAAGAACUAAAUAGUAAAAAUUACUUGAGCAUGGUUUUACAAGAGAAAAGAACAGUUUUAGUAAUGUACUACUCCAAACAAUGUUCCUAUUGUAACGGGAUCUCGUAUAUCUUUUUAACGGUAGCAAGAAAAUUGUCUUUUGUUGAAAAUAUUAAAUUUGCCAGAAUAAAUGGGGACGAAAACAUUUUACCAUGGGAAUACACUAUGGAGGAAUUCCCUACUAUUUUAUUUUUUCCGGCUACAAUGAAAGAAGAAACACGAGUAUUUCCAGCAGACAUUCCCAUUACAGUGCCAAAUUUAUUGGGUUUUAUACUAUCAAAUUUAGAUAUAUCAACUAAGCUACAUGUAAUGUACUCUGUUUGUCUUCACAGUCAGCUUCAAAAAGACAAAGACUUGUGCUUGGCCAACAUCCGCAACGAAACCAUUUCUCUCAUAGAGAAAACCCUAAAAGACUGGAGGAAAUCUAAUAACAGGCAACGCAGACGGGUUUUACACAAUCUCAAGCAACUCAGGCAAUUGCAGUUUCUUUUCAGUCACUCGCCAGAAGAACAUUUAGUUAUAGAAAGCUACUUUAAAAAAUUAAAAGUAAAUUUAACAGACGAUUAUAGUGUAAAUUCGACAAGUCGUAUUAUAAAGGACGAGUUAUGAUUUUUGUUGGUAUUUGUUUGGCUUAUGAAAAUUCAAUAAUCUAGUCUCUUCAGGCCAAAAACCAAGUGCACUUAAAACACAUUCCUAAUUUUUGUCCUUUGUAUAUAAUGUGCAUCUCAUAUGAGACAAUAAAAUAGUGUUACAUUAUACUAUUUGAAAAUGAGAUUUUAAAAUCAUCUGCAGCACUUAUUUUAUUAUGAAAAUAAAUAAUGACUUUUUAAUGGUUUGUUUUAGGAUUAGUUUUUGAUGCUGUAGCAAGGCAAAGCAUCAAAGGCUUGUCUUAUUAAGCUUAAAGCUGUGAUAAAUAAUAAAUUGCUAAUUAACUGUAUAUAAAAUUAUUUAUUAUACUAAGUUUAAAAAGUGUACAUAAUUAUUUAUACUUAUUGAGAAUAU